GGAAGUUGCAACUAGUUUAUCAUUCAAACUCCAAUAGAGAAGCAUGAGAGAAGAGUGUGUAUACAGCUGUAGGACUGGAGAUCCUGAUAAAGACGGAGCUGAACUUUUCUAACUGAAGACUCUGAAAGACUCUGAAGACUGACCUCAGAAACAGGGAUGAUGUUUCUCUGUGUGAUGCUACUGAUUUUCUCUGGCUUUAUGGAGACCAUGUCAGAGAACUUUAAGGUAGUUGGUCCAGCUGCUCCUCUUGUUGUUGAAAUUGGUGAAGAUCUGGUUCUGCCCUGUUCUCUUCAACCCAACAUCAAUGCUGUGGAUAUGACAGUGGAAUGGAUUAGACAAGAUCAGACUGAUACCAACAACCUAGUGCAUCUCUAUGAAGAUCAUGAUGACAGAAAUUAUGAUCAGAUGGAGUCCUAUCGAGGACGAACAGCUCUGUUUAAAGAAAAGCUACAGAAAGGAAACACCUCACUGAAACUUUCAGCAGUCCAACGUUCUGAUGAGGGAGCUUACAAAUGUUUAAUUCAGGACAAAUCCUACAACAACGCCAUUACUGUUUAUGUUGAAGUCAAUGUACAUUUUAAAAUUGUUGGUGCAGCUGCUCCUCUUGUUGUUGAAGCUGGUGAGGAUCUAGUUCUGCCCUGUUCUAUCAAACCCAGCGUCAGUGCUGAGGAUGUGAUGGUGGAGUGGUCCAGACUGCAUCUGGGUGAUAGACUGGUGCAUCUGUAUGAAAAUUAUGAAGACAGAAAUUAUGAUCAAAUUGAGUCUUAUAGAGGAAGAACAGCUCUAUUUAAAGAAGAACUGAAGAAAGGAAACACUUCACUGAAGCUCUCAGCAUUGCGACUUUCUGAUGAAGGAGCUUACAAGUGUUACAUUGGAUCCUUCUUAAUGAAAGAUGAUGUAAUUAUUUAUGUUGAAGUUAAAGGAAAACAUUUUCAUGGAUGGAAGAUUGCCAUCAUCUGCAUUUCAGUUUUUGCGGUUAUGUUAAUUACCUUUACAGCUUACAUCUGGAAAGAUAAAUUCUCAGAAAAGAAGCUUACUCCUGCACAAUGCUCCAUCAUAACCUACAUGCAUCUCCGAUCAGAGAAUGUGAGGAAAGAAUUUGACCUGAAGAAAUACAAUACAUCAGAGAAGGGUUACAGAAGACUCAUUCCGGCUAUCACAAACUGCAGAAAGGCUCAAUUUGUUGGCUGUAAUCUCACUGCACAGUCCCUUGAAACUUUGAGUGCAGCUCUACAAACAGAAAGCUCCUCCCUGAAAGAACUAGACCUCAGUAACAGUGACUUGCUGGAUUCAGGAGUGGAGAAGCUCUCUGCUGGACUGAAGAGUUCACACUGUAAACUGGAGAUACUCAGACUUGCUGCAUGUAAACUCAGUAAACAGUCCUGUGACACUCUGCGAUCAGUUUUACAAACAGAAACAUCCUCCCUGAAAGAACUGGACCUUAGUAAGAAUGAUGUGCAGGAUUCAGGGGUUGAGCUGCUCUCUGCUGGGUUGAAGAAUUCACAUUGUAAACUGGAGAUACUCAGAUUAGCUUUGUGCAAUCUUGGGCAGAAUACAUGUGGAAAUCUGGGAUCAGCUUUACAAUCAGAAACCUGGCCCCUGAAAGAACUGGACCUUAGUAAAAAUAACCUGCAGGAUUCAGGAAUGGGGAUGCUUUCUGGUGCUUUGAAAAGUUCACACUGUAAACUGGAGAUACUCAGAUUAGCCAUCUGUAAUUUCACUGUGGAGUCUUGCAAAUUUCUCAUAUCAUCCCUACAAACAAAAAUCAACUCCCUGAAAGAGUUGGACCUGUGUAGCAAUGAGCUGCAGGAUUCAAUAGUAGAGCUGCUUUCUGCUGGACUGAAGACUGGAGACUGUAAACUAGAGAUACUCAGACUAGCUUUGUGUAAUCUUGAAGGAAAAAGGUGUGACAAUAUUGGAUCACUUUUAAAACUUGAAAACUCCUCCUUGAAAGAGCUGAAUCUCAGCAACAAUGACUUGCAGGAUUUAGGAGUGGACCUGCUCUCUGUUGGACUGAAGAGUUUGUACUGUAAACUGGAAAUACUCAGAUUAUCUGGUUGUAUGAUCACAGAAGAAGGCUGCUCUUCUCUGGCUUCAGCUCUGAGUUCAAACCCCUCACACCUGAAAGAAAUAGAUCUGACCUUCAAUCACCCAGGAGAGUCAGGAGUGAAGCUGCUGUCUGCUAGACUGGAGGAUCCACACUGUUCACUCAACACUCUCAGGGUGGAACAUGGAGGUGACAUCAGAAUCAAACCAGGACUGAAGAAAUAUUCCUGUGAGUUCACUCUGGAUCCAAACACAGCAAACAAAGAACUCUUUCUGUCUGACGGGAACAGAAAGGUGGAGCGUGUGGAUGAUUCACAGUCGUAUCCUGAUCAUCCAGAGAGAUUCAAUGUCUAUCAGCAGGUUCUGUGUGUAGAGAGUGUGACUGGACGCUGUUACUGGGAGGCUGAGUGUAGUGGUUUGGUUUAUAUAGCAGUAACAUAUAAAUCAAUCAGCAGGAAAGGAGGCAGUGCUGACUGUAAGUUUGGACGGAAUGAAAAGUCCUGGAGACUGGAGUGCUCUAAUAACAGAUACUCUGUCUGUCACAAUAAUAACAUCACUGCUCUCUCUGCUCCUCCCUCCAGCUCUGAGAGAGUAGGAGUGUAUGUAGACUAUCCAGCUGGCACUCUGUCCUUCUACAGUGUGUCCUCUGAUACACACACACUGACACACCUACACACAUUCUACACCACAUUCACUGAACCGCUCUGCGCUGGGUUUGCAGUCGGUUCUGAGUCCUCAGUGUGUUUGAGAUAGAAUAACCGUCUGUGUGUGUGUGUGAAUGAGUGUCCGUGUGUAUGUAUGUGAUUGUGUCUGUGCGUCUCCUCUCUA